AUGGAACGAAUAAAAUUUAAAAUAAACGGUAAACAGUAUUCUGUGGGCUGUGAAAUCGAUUCCCACACCACUCUUCUGGACUACCUGCGCCAAACACUGAAGCUUUGUGGUACGAAAUAUAUGUGCUUAGAAGGCGGCUGCGGAGCGUGCAUAAUCACAGCUAAAAAGAACAAUGAAGAUGUUCCUCAAGCAAUAAAUUCAUGUCUAGUGUCAAUAACCUCAUGCCAAGAAUGGGACAUAACGACGAUAGAAUUUAUAGGUAACCGAUUGAAGGGCUACCAUCCACUGCAGAAGGUACUUGCGGAUAGUCAUGGUUCCCAGUGCGGCUACUGUACUCCUGGCUGGAUCAUGGCAAUGUAUAGUCUCUUGAAAACAAAAAAUCCUACAAUGCUUGAAAUAGAAGAUUCGUUUGGAAGUAAUAUCUGUAGAUGUACAGGAUACAGACCCAUUUUACAAGCCUUCAAAAAAUUUGCUUCGGAUGCUCCGAACGCGUUUGACCUAUCUGACAUUGAAGAUUUGAAAAUAUGUAACAAAUCUGGGGACGUAUGUUCAAAGAGAAAUUGUUCUGAACUUGACUGGUGUAUGAUAUCUAAAAGUGAUAUUUUUAAUGAAAUACUGCAUAUUGAAUUGAGUGAUAAAAAAGAUUGGUACAGAGUACAAACAUUGUCAGAUGUAUUUACUAUUUGGCAAGAGAAAGGAACAGAAUCAUAUAUGCUUGUCGCUGGGAAUACUGGCAAAGGUGUCUACCCAAUAUUAGAAUAUCCCAAACUUCUAAUAGACGUGACAGACAUUGCAGAAAUAAAAGGUUUUUAUGUAGAUCAAAAUUUAGUUAUUGGGGCUGGUAAUACACUCACUGAUGUUAUGAAAAUAUUUGAUACUGUAUCGGAGACCGAUAAUUUUAGUUAUCUUAGGAUACUUAAUGAUCAUUUAAAACUUGUCGCUCACAUAGCAGUAAGAAAUCUGGCAACGAUAGCAGGUAAUUUAAUUUUGAAGAACCAGCAUCCAGAAUUUAAAUCUGAUAUUUUUAUUAUUCUUGAAACGGUCGGUGCGCAGAUAACAAUUUUGACGUCCAUUGGACAAUCAACAAUUUUAACAUUACAAAAUUUUCUCAAAGAAGACAUGAAAGGUAAAAUAAUAGUAAAUGUUCUUUUACCGCCUCUUAGCAAAUCUCAUAAAAUGGUCACUUUUAAGAUUAUGCCUCGCGCACAAAAUGCUCAUGCGAUUGUCAACGCGGGUUUUUUAUACAAAAUAAACGAAUAUCAAAAUCAAGUGAUAUCUUGUAGAAUGGUGUAUGGAGGUCUUAGUGCAAAAUUUAAUCGCUCAUGGAAAACAGAACGUUACUUAGUUGGUAAAUCGUUAUUUAGAAAUGAAACAUUGCAAGGCGCUUUAAAAAUAUUAGAGAACGAAAUAGUAGUUACUGAAAAUUUACCCGAUCCCCCUGUUGAAAGCAGAAAAAUAAUUGCAUUAGGAUUAUUCUACAAGGGUCUUAUUUCUCUGUGCCCAUCGACUAUACUGCAUCCUCGAUAUCGUUCAGGAACCGUGAAAUUGCAUGAGAAACGACCGAUAUCGGAAGGUCAACAAGUAUUUGAUACUAACCCGUCGCUUUGGCCGUUAAAUAAAGCUAUACCUAAAUUGGAUGCAUUGAUCCAGUGCGCAGGUGAAUCUGAAUAUACGGAUGAUAUUCCAACGCUUCCUGGAGAAGUGUAUGCCGCAUUUGUAUUAACGACUGUUGCCCUUGGAACAAUUGAAAAAAUAGAUCCUAGCAAAGCAUUGGCAGAACCCGGUGUAAUUGCUUUUUAUUCAGCUUCUGAUAUACCCGGUGUAAAUAGCUUUACACCACCGGUGAAUUUAUUUAACUUAAGCAACGAAGAACUUUUAUGUAAUGGUGAAGUUAAAUUCUAUAACCAGCCUCUCGGUAUUAUUGUAGCGAAAUCACAAAAAAAUGCCAAUAAAGCAGCUACCUUGGUUGAUGUGAUAUAUAGUAAUGUUAGAAAACCAGUUUAUGACAUAAAAUUUGCCAAAAAUGAUCCUAGCAAAGUCACCUUACUAGAAUCAAGAGAUGCAACAACGAGAGGAAAUGAUAUUAGCAAAAUAAUCAAAGGUGACAAUACUGUAUAUGGUCAAUAUCAUUUUGCAUUGGAAACUUUGGUAUGCCUAACAAGUCCAUCAGAAGAAGGAUUACAAUUGCACAGCACGACUCAAUGGAUUGAUACACUACAACAAGCUUUAUCAAGAAUGUUAAAAAUCGGUCAUAGCAGGAUUGAUAUAUAUGUACGUCGACUUGGUGGCGCAUUUGGUUUUAAAAUAAGUCGAGCAUCACAAGUAGCCGCUGCGUGUAGUUUGGUUGCAUAUAAGCUCAAUAGACCAUGCAGAUUAAUAAAUUCUCUAACUACUAACAUGAGAGCCGUUGGAAAGAGAUUGCCUUGUUCUACAAACUUCGAGGUUGGCGUAAAUAACAAAGGUGCUAUCCAGUAUAUGAACUAUGAAUUGUACUCCGACAAUGGUUACGUUCUGAAUGAACCUUUUCUCAAUAUGACUUUUGAAUCAUUUAGCAACUGCUAUAGAACGGAAUCGUGGAACUACAAAGCGUAUAAUGGUCUGACUGACACUCCAUCUAACACUUGGUGUCGUUCUCCUGGUUCUUUGGAAAAAAUUGCAAUGGCUGAGCUAAUAAUGGAACAGAUUGCAUAUGAAUUAAAUCAAGACCCUAUUGAUGUUCGUCUUGCAAAUUUGCAUCCUGAUUAUCAAGAUGAUAUUAAUGAAGUUUUGAAAACUUUAAAAAUUAAUUCUAAGUAUGAGGAGAGAAUAGUAGCCGUGGAGGAAUUCAAUUCCAAAAAUAGAUGGAAAAAACGAGGAUUAAGAUUUUCUUUUCUAAAAUGGGCUCCUGUUGGUUAUCAUUAUUUAAAUGUGAACAUGUCUGUAUUUAAUGAUGACGGAACUGUAUCCAUAACAACUGGAGGAAUUGAAAUGGGACAAGGUAUCAAUACAAGAGCGACACAAAUAUGCGCGUACAUUCUCAACAUACCCAUAGACAAAAUUCAAAUAAAACCUAACAACACAAUGACUUCACCCAACGCAUUGCCAUCAGGAGGCAGUUUGAUUUCACAGAACAUGGGCAUAGGUGUGCGAAGAUGCAGCGAAGAACUGCUGAGAAGAUUAGCACCAAUCAGAAAUUUGAUGAAUAAUCCUACUUGGGAAGAGCUAAUUAAAAAAGCUUUUGAAAUGAAUGUUGAUCUGCAAGUUCAUGCAUUUGUAAAUGAAUCUGAUAUACAAAAUUAUAACGUAUAUGGAAUAACAUUGGCCGAAGUGGAAAUAGAUGUUCUAACAGGAGAAUCGGAAAUUAUUAGGGUUGAUUUAAUUGAAGAUGUUGGUAGGAGUAUUAAUCCUGCAAUAGACAUUGGUCAAAUUGAAGGCGCUUUUAUAAUGGGAGUCGGUUAUUGGACGUCUGAAAAUCUGGUCAUUGACGAUCAAACAGGAGAAUUACUUACAAAUCGUACGUGGGAUUAUUGGGUUCCGCAAGCUAGGGAUAUCCCGCAAGAUUUCAGGAUAUAUUUCAGAGAAAAGUCUUUUAGUACCGAACUGAUCUUUGGUGCUAAAGGAACUGGCGAGCCAGCAACAUGCAUGGGAAUUUCUGUACCUAUCGCGAUGAGACAAGCAAUAUCGGCAGCACGUUUGGAAUCUGGGAUACCAAGCACAACGUGGUUUCCUAUAGAUGGCCCAUAUACAGUAGAUAAAAUUGCUCUUUCGUGCGCUUCGAAGAUAGAAGAUUUUAAAUUUUACUAA